AUGUCUCUUAUCUUUAAUUUGCAGCGAGCUCUCCCGUCAUCUACUGAUUGGACAUGGAUUCACAAACAUUGUAGGAAGACCGGCUGGCAUCCUUGGAAGAGAAGACCGGUCAAGGCGGCCCGUCAAGACCAAAAACGCGAGGAGCUCGACGAUAUACCAGAGGCACCCUACUCCAAGAACAGCAACCCAUCUUCUGGCGAACCAGCUUUUGAGCGCUUCUCUCCCGGAUCGGGUUCCUUUUCUUUUGGAUUCGGCAAUAAUGAGGACUCAAAUCUCCAUCCCUCUUCGGCGGCAGUCAGCAAAGCCUUAGAACUGUAUUUCCAUUACUGUCAUCGGCAGCCGAUCUGGUGCUUCGAUUAUGAGGACCUCGAGGAAAAGGGUAGUCUUUCUGACGAGCUUAUCUAUAGCGUCCUAGCGCUGACCGCGCGCUUUUCGCGUGAGCCGGGUCAGUCGCAGCGUUAUGGAAAUACCGCGCGAACGCUAAUCAUGCUUCGCGUGGCAAAUGGCACAGUAGACCUUGAAACCAUCGAAAGUCUGUGUCUGCUUUCGUAUUCUUCAUUCAUCGACGGGGACGUGCACCUCGGUCGGUUUCAUCUUGGCCUGGCUUUCCAGCUUUGCCGGUCAGCGAUGAUGGACGUGGAAUCUGGCUAUCCCCUUGAAAGUCCUCUAACGGAGCGAAAGAAACGUUUGUUCUGGAGUCUUCAAUCACUGGAGCAGACAUACGGUCAACAAAAUGGGUUUCUUAGCCUUCCCGCCGAGAACCUGCGUCCGUUCUGUGCUCCCAACGGCGGAGACCGGGGGUCAUCAAAGGAGUUCGAACCAAAGCCGCCCCAGUUACCACGGGAUGAUAUUGGAUGCUCCUCGCCCAACGACAUAGGCAUUUGGAGCCUGGCGGUCCAUUUCGGAUGGGUUUGGAGCAGGGUCCGCACGUAUGUAUCCCACUGCGCACAAAAUCGACUAAAAGAGCCUUGGCGCCACGAUUCAAUGUACACGAUGAUACUUUCGGACCUGACUGAGGUGGAGAACAAGCUCUCUCAGUGUCACCGAUAUGAUUCGGUCAAAUUCUAUGAGCGGAAAGCAGACGAGCUGAGAAUGAACCGGGGGUACUGGACGCCAUGGUUGAAAGCGCAGUUCACGUAUCAUUGCAUCCUGACUGUGCUGAACCACCCUUUCCUCUACAUUGUGGCAUCACAGUCGAAUCCGAAUCUCUCCAUUCCCAAUGCCUUUUGGAGACGGUCUUCAGAGCUAGUUGUAUUGCAUGCGACCUGGCUUGUCCGUAUGAUCGAUAUGGUCUCGGAAAGGAAAAUGCGCCUGAUUGAUCCCUUCUUUGGACACGCCGCGGCGAUUGCAGCCACAGUACAUCUUUAUUAUUGUUGCGCAGCGGAUCCACGACUGAAGCAAAAAUCAAAAAUCGACUUCGACAAAUGUCGGACGUUUCUCAAAAGUUUUGUUCCUUUCUCUGCAGCCUGCAAAGCUUUGUGCUAA